UUGCAAAAUAAAAUGGAAAAACAAUGGAAAUGUAACAUACCUAUCGGAAAUAUUUUUGAAAAUACAGUUAAUAGACAUCCCGAAAAGGAUUGUAUAGUAGAAGCUGAAAGUGGGAGAAAAAUUUCUUUUAAAGAAUUGGAUGAAUUGGCUAAUAAAUUUGGAAAUUAUUUCAAUGAGAAGUUAACAAUUGAUGAUAAUUCUUUAAAUAUUUCGUCUGAUACAAUUGGAAUUUUAUUAGAAAAUUGUAUAGAAUUUGUAGCUGUAUGGCUAGGUUUAAGCAAAAUUGGAGUAAUUACUAGCUGGAUUAACACACAAUUGAGAGGACAAUCGCUGUCUCAUUCAAUUAAUAUAGUUAAUUGUAAAGCGAUUAUUACUUCAGAAAUACAUGUUGGGGAUAUUCUUGCAUAUUUAUACACUAGCGGCACAACAGGACAACCCAAGGCUGUGAUUAUUAGACAUUAUCGUUACUAUUUUAUGGGUAUAGCCGGCCCUAUAGUUUUUGAUAUAAACUCGAAUGAUAUUUUAUAUAUAACUUUACCUAUGUAUCAUGGAAUGGCUGGAAUUGCUGGAGUUGGACAGAUGAUAGUUAAUGGCUGUACAAUUGUAAUACGUCAAAAAUUCUCUGCAUCCCAUUUUUGGAAUGAUUGUCAAAAAUUUAAUUGUACAAUAGCUAUUUAUAUUGGAGAAAUUUGUCGUUAUCUUAUCACACAACCAAAAAAUUCUAAGGUCGAUAAAAAUCACAAAAUAAGAAUGUUUUGUGGACUUGGACUACGUCCAACGAUUUGGGAAGAAUUUACAGAAAGAUUUGGAAUUGGAAAAAUAGCUGAAUUAUAUGGAGCAACAGAAGGAAAUGCAACUUGUGUAAAUAUAGACAAUAAAGUUGGGGUUAUUGGGUUUUUGCCAGUUUAUACUUAUUUUAUGAAAACAACGUCUAUUAGGAUUGUUAAGGUAGACCCAAUAUCACGUGAAUAUCUGAGAAGACCAAACGGUUUUUGCCAAAUUUGCAAACCUGGCGAGACUGGGGAAAUUGUUGGAAUGAUAAGAAAAGACAACCCAACACGUCGAUUUGAAGGUUAUCUAGACAGGCAGGAAACUGAUAAGAAAAUUAUAAAAAAUGUGGAGGUUGAAGGGGAUUGUGCUUUUGCCAGUGGGGAUUUAAUAUAUUGGGAUACUCAUGGAUAUUUGCAUUUUAAGGACCGUCUAGGCGAUACAUUUCGUUGUUGUGGAGAGAAUGUAAGCACAACAGAAGUAGAAAAUGUACUUCAAGGAAUUAAAGGAAUAGAAGAGCUGGCUGUAUAUGGAAUUGAAAUGAAUGGAAAGGAGGGUAAACAUGGAGUGUGUUCUAUAGUUUUGAAUAAAUUUGUGGAGGAUAAUCAAAUAAUUGACCAAAUUGGAAGGAAAUUUAAAGAAAAUUUGCCAGAAUAUGCAAUUCCAAAAUUUAUUAAAUAUUGUGAGGGGCUUGAAAAGACUGGCACAUUUAAACUUAGAAAAGGUGAAAUGAGAAGAAAUGAUUUAUUAAAUACAAGAAAUAAUUUGUUUGUUUGGAAUCGAAGUUUAAGAAAAUAUAUGGAAUUUAAUUAA